AGUUUCAUAUACAGUAAAGGGUCCAUGGUAACCGAUCACGAGUUCAUUUCUCUCUUAAGUUGUUGGGACUUAAACGCACUAAUAUUGUAAUUGCACGCUUCGGCCUGGUGGAGGCGGUGUUGUGCCGCAGUGGCUACAGUCAGCGCUUGUAUUGGACUGACGAAGAAGACCGUAGCCGCCGAGUGAUCAUGCGACUGUUAUCGAAAUGGGGACUCAACUGAAAGACGUCAUCAUUAAGCCCGACGCUCCAAAUUCACUUCUGCUGGACAAACACGCCGACUACAUCGCUGCUUAUGGCUCCAAAAAGGACGACUAUGAGUACACGCUGUCCGAGUACCUGCGGAUGAGUGGCAUCUACUGGGGGCUGACGGUCAUGGACCUGAUGGCUCAGCUGCCCAGAAUGAACCAGCAGGAGAUCAUAGACUUCAUCAAAGCCUGCCAGCACGAGUGCGGCGGGAUCAGCGCCAGCAUUGGACACGACCCGCACUUGCUCUACACCCUGAGUGCAGUGCAGAUCUUGUGCUUGUACGACAUGGUGGACGCAAUCGACGUGGAUAAAGUGGUGAAAUACGUGAAGGGGCUUCAGCAGGAGGACGGCUCCUUUGCAGGAGACAAGUGGGGAGAGAUAGACACCAGGUUUUCAUUCUGCGCUGUCGCUACUCUGGCUUUACUGGGAAAGAUGGACGCGAUCGACGUUGACAAAGCGGUGGAGUUUGUUUUGUCCUGCAUGAACUUUGAUGGAGGUUUCGGAUGCAGACCUGGAUCAGAGUCUCACGCCGGUCAGAUUUACUGCUGCACUGGCUUCCUGUCUCUGACCGGGCAGCUGCACCAUAUCAACGCCGACCUGCUGGGCUGGUGGCUCUGUGAGCGACAGCUACCGUCUGGAGGCCUGAACGGACGACCAGAGAAGCUUCCUGAUGUGUGCUACUCUUGGUGGGUGCUGGCGUCGCUCAAAAUCAUCGGGAAGAUCCACUGGAUCGACAAGACUAAACUGUGCAACUUCAUCCUGGCCUGUCAGGACGAGGAGACUGGAGGCUUUGCCGACCGACCCGGAGACAUGGUGGAUCCUUUCCACACGCUGUUCGGGGUCGCGGGUCUCUCUCUGCUCGGGGACGACCGUAUCAAACCGGUGAACCCGGUCCUGUGUAUGCCGGAGGAAGUCCUGCAGAGACUCGGUCUGCAGCCCGAGAUCCUGAGCUAACUGGACUCUCGC